AUGACAAUUAAUGCUAAUGGAAUAGUGACCUGUUUGCAAGAUUUUGGAGUUUAUUGCAUCACGUAAUUAUACAUAAAUUAUCCAAAGCUUGUGCAUUUCUGAAGUAAUUGCAUUAGGAGUCUUGGCGGUUGGGAUUUGUUAAUUGAUUAGACGAAAGAAAAAUUUUAAGUAGGCUUAAAAAAGAAAAAAUAUUAUCUACAUUUUAAUUAUCUUGUGUCUAACUUGUAAAAUACUACUUAUAAAUUAGGCAAUAUUAUUUUUAAUAUAGCAUAAAAAACUUUGAUGGUCUUUUACUUUUUUUAGUUAUAUGUGUAUUAUACAUUUUUGAUCUAUAUUGUAUUUUAUUUCGCAAGGAAAACUGUAAAGAUCAAGACUUUCCAGCCUCAAAAAAUGUUAUAAUUGAAAAUCUAUUGCAUUUGCUUAAUUUUUUUGUUUACUCUAUUUUUAUUGUGGAAUUUUUAUGACUACAUAACGAGUAUACACGAUCCUUAUUCACUUUGUCAAAGUAUAUGUAAUCAAAUAAAUUUUGAGAAUAGAUAUUUCAUAUUAUAAGAAUGGUUGGUUUUAUCGUGGAUUUAGUUUUAAUAGCAGUAGCCCAUUCUUUGAACCUAAGUAUUAAAAAGAAUCUAGCAUUAAAAUCAACUAUUUUAAGUCAUUUUGUCAACUUUGAAGAAAAUAUUAGAAAAAUUAAUCAAUAAAGGAUAAACUUCUGGUAUGAUCAUGUGUUAUAAGGAUCCUUGUUUGUGUGACAUUUGUGGGUUAAUUGUUAUAUUUUAUAGAGGAUAUAUAUUUUUUAGCAAAAGGAACUAAUUAAACUUGUACAAUUUAUUUAGAUGUAUCAUAUUUAAACUUUAUUAUUUAGAUUAUUUAAAGUGAAGCA